AUGUCGGACUUUCACAACAUUAGAUCUCGCCGACGAAUUCCGGAAAGCAGCGCAUAUUCGGCCGUCGACUUUGACUUCGAUCCCGAUCAGAAGAACCACAAGCCCGCUGCGAACGGCGGAAUCGCCUACAGCUCCUUCUCCACCGUCUUCAACGCAUCUGCGUCGCAACUUUGGAAUUCCGCGCAGGUUUACAUCCACCCCUUUUUUGCUUGUCUCGGAACGAGAGAAGAGAUGGCUAUCUGUCCAGGAGACAACUUCUCGUUUUCAGGAGGCCCUUGCAUCCACUUACGAUACACCCGAAGGCGUAGAAGCUGCCGACAGCGAUCGAUCCAAAUUUGCAGAGACACUCGAAACUCUCAGUAUCUGUGGCUCUCCUCUCGAUCAAAUCGUCAUCACAAUGCCCUCCAGAGACCGCACUUCCGAGUUCCGGGCCACCGCCAAGUCCUUCGAGGUAUUAUUACAGCUUUUAAAACUAGUUCCAAUAUAAGCCAACUGUAGAUGAAAGCGGCGGCGAACGGAAUCCGACCACAACCGAAACACGAGAUUCUCGCCGAGUCGGUGCAAUUCAAUCAGUUGGCGAAGAGAAUCGGCCGGGAAUUGAGCCAAACUUGUGCAAAAAUGGAGAAGUUGGCCGAAUUUGCAAAAAAGAAAAGUCUGUACGAAGAGAGAUCGCAAAUCGACCACCUUUCCUCCAUCGUUAAAUCAGACAUCACGGGUCUAAACAAGCAGAUCGCCGCUCUUCAAGAUUUCUCGCGGAGACGUGCCGGAAAUGUGAAGAAUCAGAACAACGGACACAGUCAGCUCGUCGUCGUCGGUCUACAAUCGAAGCUAGCGAAUGUCAGCAAAGAUUUCCAAAGUGUUCUCGAGAUUAGCACUGAAGUGAGUUGUUUUUUCUAAAAAAAAAAGAAAAUGUGUACCAAAUUUUAGACGAUGAAAGCAGAAAAGAAUCGUCGUGACAAAUUCUCGAACGGGUCCGCCGUUGCCAUGGGACUGCCUUCUUCGUCUUCUGGAACCAAUGGUAUUUUGCGCUUCCUUUUCUGAACGAAACAAAAAUGUAAUUAACAUUUUCCAGUCCGCUCAAGACUUCUCCAGGACGACGAACAGCACGGAAACUCCAGCAUUGCACUCGACAUGGGUUCUCUGGACAACUUUCAGACCCAAAGAACAAUGGUUUGAAAAAUGAUUUAUUGCUCCAUUUCGCUUAAAACACGGUUUCUAGCAACAACGGGACACGUCAUUGGAGUAUGCGCAGGCUCGCAGCAAUACGAUGGCGACGAUCGAAGGAUCCAUCUCGGAGCUCGGUCAGAUCUUCUCGCAACUGGCCACGUUGGUUAGUGAGCAGGGAGAGAUGAUCACCAGGUAAACGUUGUUCCGUUUCUCCCCACAAACCUCAUCCUUAUUUCAGAAUCGAUUCUAAUGUGGAAGACACGGCGCUGAACAUCGAUAUGGCGCACACGGAGCUCACGAGAUUCUUGCAAAUAUUAGCAAAAACCGAAUGUUGA